UCACCAUCAAACAAAAAGACAACAACAACACUCACUGCUCGCCUUUCGUAACAUCUACAAGUAAAGAAUCACGAGGAUCAGAUGGAUGGAUGGAUGGAUGAAUGAAUGAAUGAAUGAAUGACCAUAUCUAGCAGAACAAAUGCCUUUUCCUUUCGUCCUCUCCACGACAUCCAACAUCUCUCUCCAAUCCAGCCUGACCUCGUCUAGCCAUCCAUCUCUCCCUUCCUCGGCCACUUCACAACGGGCCUUUCUUCGAGCAGCGUUGAAAGGCCACAAAAGACUCCCUCCGUCGGACCAGGCCAAUAACCUCUUACCAAUAUCAUCGACAAUCCAGAACUACUUACGCUACCUCUUGACCUUGGAUCUUGCUCUCUCCGGCAAGCCUGUUGCGGGCGAAGAAGUCCACAUCGCACUCGCCAAGGAGCCAGAAAUCGAAUGGCGUCCUACCCUCAGUUCAGCUUCCAUUCCGGGACGAGAGAAUGAGCGCGUCAAAGGGAGAGGUCUUGAUUACGAGAUCUUCUUCGUUCACCAUACACUCGCACUCGUCCAGAAUCUACUUGCCAGGCAAUCUCUCCUGGGUCUAUACGCAUCUGUCAACCCGAGUCACGAACAACGGACAGCUCUGAUACAGAAUGCGUCAAAAUCUCUGAAGACAGCUCACUCGAUCCACUUGUACCUCCUGUUAAGGGCAAAUUCAUCGAAUGAUGGCCCACCGACGUUUCCCCCCAGCGCAGUCGAUAUCUCGGUAGCUGUUCAAUCCGCCUUGCAGCAUCUGGCACAUGCUGAGUUCAACCUAUUGUGCGUGCUAAAGGAUGACCCAUACCCGGCUUUGCUCAUUCAGUCUCGAAAUAAGGACGACAGAGAGUGGAUGAUCAAAGCUCCCCAGAUACCAAAAGUUCGGGCACAAGUUCUGACGCGACUGUGUAUUGGUGCAGCAGAGCACGCUUCUGCAGCAGUGGUGGCGCUCAAAGUGGAAGCCUCGAAGGUCUCAAAGGACCUCCUGGAGUAUUGUGAAGGAGUUCGGAGUGCAUCGAGAGCCAAGGCCUGCAGAUUCCAGGCGCUGGAUGAAGAUUUAGCCGGCUCGACAGGGAGCGCAAUUGCGUGGCUCCAUGUAGCAAUGAGCGAGUUAGGCAUGGAGAUCCCAAAGGAUGGCUUCAAAUCCUCGGGACUUGGAAGGCUCAAAGCCUCAUGGACGGAAAAGAGGGAAGACAAACGGAUCGAGAAGGGCAGCGCCAAUUGGGGCUUAGAUGGCGGCAAGCUGGAAGAAGGCCGAAUAGUGGAACAUCUACACGAGAAGAUGACCAAGGAGAACAACACCGUCAAUAUCCAACUAAUUCCCGAAUGGAAGCCCCUGCUCGCGAUGCUACCGAGUGGGAUGAAUAUGCCGAUGGAAGACAAAUGGAGACCGGCCGUGCUCGAAGAGACCGAGCUUGCUGCCAUGAGGGCACCGCCCGACGAAGAAGACCUCGGGAACGCAGCCAGUUCGGAUGAAGAAGAUGAUGGCCAGCAGCCAGUUGGUGCAUUCCCCGGAACUCACCAGGACUAUGUGCGAGGGGGGACGACAUAUUAUUGAAGUGCGUCGGAACCUGCCGAGAGCUAGAAUUGGGUCGCCAUCAGUCAAUACCGACCAAGACCAGGCUUGCGAGGAGCCCAUUGUUUUGCGAGAAGACAAUUUUUGUUUCCUCCAAACCAGACCCUCGAACGAAGCUGGCGUUGCUGGCCAAAGUGUCUCGUGCUGGUACAGCCUUGUCACGUGAUCAUUCCCGCCUCGUCGCACCGAGAGCCCGAAUUCGCCCCUUCCAAACGUUUCAAGAUCGUUUCAAAAUUCCUUCACCAACCACGCAGCACUAGUUAACUACGGUGUUUGAAACGAACAUCGGUCUCGCAUGCGCUUAGUUCAGAUUCUAACGUGUUACCUAUACCAUAGCACUAUGUGCGUUGCAGGCGAAGGAACUCGUCUGGCAGUCCAACCCGUGCAAACACCAAGAAACAAAACCCCCUCGUCUAAAACAGGCGCGAAUGACACGAUCGCGAAAGGAACGGGUGCGGAGCGCGUGUACGGAGUAACGAUGAUCUAUUCAACAGCCUUCAUGUACGAGUACCGGUUGGCUUUCGGCGCCUUUGAGAGUCAUGCGCGCUACGCUUGUGGGACCUACUGUACUACGUAGUAAAGCCGCACAAGCGAGAGCAGGCCAUGACCUGUCUCUGACCGUGGGAGUCACACUCGUGCCGAUGUCAUCUGCAGCUGUACACAGUAUGUCGAUCGCACAAUAAUGCCGUCAAUCCGGCGGAUACGACGGUAUCUCCCGCCGUAGGAUCAUGGCUUUUACUCAGUUCCAGUUGGGCACCAGAACAUAUAAGACGGUGCCGUCGAGCUUCAAUACCAGGUCACUAUCCUCCGUAGUUGGUCCAUGUACCAUCUUCGGCUCCCUUUCUCGCCAUUUCGACAUCUCAUAAGCUUGAAUGUCUGAUCUCGAUCUCGACCAACGUCAACCCAGCAACAUACAAUCAUGGCACCUUUUCAGCUUAUUAUUACUACCUUCGCCUUAUAUCUCUUUCUCGCCACCUACAGCUCUGCGAUGCCUGUCACAUCUACAUCUAUCCAUCUCCUCCCAGACAUCACAAUCCGGCAAACACUCGUGCCCGCGCCCGCGCCCGCGUCAUCUCCAGCUCCAGCUCUACACACGAUUACAACGGCCAAUUCCAAUUCCCACCAGAGCUCACAAUCAAGCGUGUGUGAGACAACGAGGAAUGCAUUUGUCGUGCCCUGCGCCGAACAUGGCAAGCGCAACACCAAGCUGGACCGCGACCCAUUCUAGCCAGUUGCUGUUGCUGUGAGCGGAGGUUUUCUCCCGGGUUUACAAAGCGACCAGCCCCGAAUCUACUACGGUACCGGCCUGGAGCGCCGUAAUCGAAGAUUUCGACCGCAUGAUUUGGAAACCCAAGUCUCAAAGCCUCUAGCUUGAAGUCGCUCCGAGUCGCAAAAUAAAUCUUUCAUGGUCGCUUUGGGACAUGAGAUUGUGGUUGAACCACAGAGCACAAGUCGCAACGGCUUGGACAAACGGCUUGCUGAGAACUUCCGAGAGCGCCAACCGUUGUUCCUCUCGAUAAGAUUCGAGGCUGCCAAGGUUACGCUCCCUGAAGCUCGUUUCCGCGACCGCCAAUGGUGUACUCAUGGAAUCGUCGGAGGUCCUGUAUGGGUGGGUCGAUACGAACGGAGGCACUUGUUUCUGUAUCAGUCCAGUGGUGAUUACCUUCCUUCCAUGUCCAGGCGAGAUGGAACGUGGUCCUUCUUUGCCCUUGAAGACUGGGCACGGUACGGCCGACAAAAACACAAUCAAACCAAUGGCAUCAGACCAGGUGACAUUCUCGCCGAGUCCGGAAAGGCUCUAAGUCCAGGUGUCGUGUCUGAGAAGGAACGUUUAAAUACUAGUAGUGUGAACAAGAGAUAUAUU